UCCGUCUGCUCCUGCAGUAACCAGCUCAGCAAAGUCGUCUGCACCCGCCGGGGGCUGGCCGAGGUGCCACCGGGCAUCCCCUCCAGCACCCGCCACCUGAACCUGAUGGAGAACAGCAUCAAGGUGAUCCAGGCGGACACCUUCCGCCACCUGCACCACCUGGAGGUGCUCCAGCUGGGGCGCAACGCCAUCCGGCAGAUCGAGGUGGGGGCCUUCAACGGGCUGGCCAGCCUCAACACGCUGGAGCUCUUCGACAACUGGCUGACGGUGGUGCCCAGUGGGGCCUUCGAGUACCUGUCCAAGCUGCGGGAGCUCUGGCUGCGCAACAACCCCAUCGAGAGCAUCUCCUCCUACGCCUUCAACCGGGUCCCCUCCCUCAUGCGCCUGGACCUGGGCGAGCUCAAGAAGCUCAAGUACAUCUCCGAGGGGGCCUUCGAGGGGCUGUACAACCUGAAGUACCUGAACCUCGGCAUGUGUGGCAUCCGAGAGAUGCCCAACCUCUCCCCUCUGGUGGGGCUGGAGGAGCUGGAGAUGUCCGGCAACAACUUCCCAGCCAUGAAGCCGGGCGCCUUCCACGGACUGAAGUCGCUCAAGAAGCUGUGGAUUAUGAGCGCCCAGAUCAGCCUGAUUGAGCGGAACGCCUUUGAUGACCUGACGGCGCUGGUGGAGCUCAACCUGGCUCACAACAACCUCACUUCUCUGCCCCACGACCUUUUUGCGCCCCUGAGGUACCUGGUGGAGCUGCACUUGCACCACAACCCCUGGAACUGCGACUGCGACAUCCUGUGGCUGUCUUGGUGGCUGCGGGAGUACAUCCCCACCAACUCCUCUUGCUGUGGGCGCUGCCAUGCCCCCGCGCACAUGCGGGGCAAGUUCCUGGUGGAGGUGGACCAAACAGCCUUCCGGUGCUCGGCCCCCUUCAUCAUGGACGCCCCUCGGGACCUCAACAUCUCCGAAGGGAGGGUGGCCGAGCUCAAGUGCCGAACCCCCACCAUGUCCUCCGUGCGGUGGCUGCUGCCCAACGGGACGGUGCUGAGCCACGCCUCCAAUCACCCUCGAAUCUCCGUUCUUAAUGACGGCACCCUGAACUUUUCACAGGUUUUCCUCACGGACACGGGGAUAUACACGUGCAUGGUCACCAACGUGGCAGGGAACUCCAACGCCUCGGCCUACCUCAACGUGAGCACGGCUGAACUCAACACUUCCAACUAUAGCUUCUUCACCACGGUCACUGUGGAGACCACAGAGACGUCGCCUGAAAACAUCUUCCCCAAGUUUACGAAGCCGGUGCCGACCACGUCCACGGGCUACCAGCCGGCCUACACCACCACCACCACCGUGCUCAUCCAGACCACCAAGAUGCCCAGGCAGGACGCCACCUUGGACAGCAACGACAAGAUGCAGACCAGCCUGGAUGAGGUGAUGAAGACCACCAAGAUCAUCAUUGGAUGUUUUGUGGCCGUGACCCUCCUGGCAGCAGCCAUGUUGAUAGUCUUUUACAAACUUCGCAAGCGUCACCAGCAGAGGAGUACUGUGGGGGCCGCCAGGACUGUGGAAAUCAUACAGGUGGAUGAAGACAUUCCGGCCUCGGCGGCGGCGGCAGCCACAACUGCCACCACCACCCCUUCGACCGCGUCAGGCAUGUCAGGUGAGGGGGGNGUUGUGCUACCGGCUAUUCAUGACCACUACAACGCUUACAAACCCUCCCAUGGGGCCCACUGGACAGAAAACUGUUUGGGGAACUCAAUGCACCCCACGGUCACGACUAUUGCUGAACCUUAUAUAAUACAAACCCACCCCAAGGAGAAAGUGCAGGAAACUCAGAUCUGACUCCUUCCC